GGGACUUCCGCUUAGCAAUUUGUGUACGGAGGGGGAAGGAGAGAGCACUGUUGUUCUCCUCAGCAAACGCUUUGGCGAAUUAUUGAGUUCAGAUUUGAAUGAUCACAGUAUUUAUCGAUCAGACACAUUCAUACCGAGAUGUCGGACGACUUGAUGAAACAGCUUAAUAGCUACAAAGCACAACUGCAGCAAGUAGAAGUCGCUUUAUCUACCGACCAAGAGAAUGAAGACCUCCUAAAACUCCAAAAAGACUUACAGGAAGUCAUAGAUUUGACAAAAGACCUUCUGACCUCACAGCCCACUGAGGGUGCUUCCAGUGCCAAUGGCUCAGAUACUGUCCCCCAGAAGCACGUCUGGAAAUUGGGGGACAGGUGUCUGGCUGUGUGGAGUCAGGACGGACAGGUGUAUGAGGCUGAGAUUGAGGAGAUAGACCGAGAAAACGACACUGCAGCUGUUACCUUCACUGGCUACGGGAAUGCUGAAGUGAUCCCUCUGCAGAACCUCAAAGUACUAGAGGAGGGGAAACGUCCCGAUGACGAUGGGAAGCCCAAAUCAAAGAAAGAGCAGAUAGCAGAGCAGAGAGAGUACAAGAAGAAAAAAGCCCAGAAAAAGGUACAGAGGAUGAAGGAAUUGGAGCAAGAGAGGGAGGAACAAAAGUCCAAGUGGCAACAGUUCAACAACAAAGCCUACUCAAAGAACAAGAAAGGACAGGUGAAGAGGAGCAUAUUUGCAUCUCCAGAGAGCGUAAAUGGAAAGGUGGGAGUGGGCACAUGUGGUAUUGCAGACAAGCCAAUGACCCAAUACCAUGACACGUCAAAAUACAACGUCAGACAUCUAAUGCCACAGUGACCUAAUAUAUUCUGUAUAUAAUAACCCCACUGUACACCAGCUGUAUCAGUGCUUUCCAUUGUGUUUAUACAUGAUUUAAGUUUGUCAAGUAAAGAAAGCUUUGAAAGGAAUUGCUUGCACACUAUCGUUUGAAAUGUUGAUGUAGUUUUCCUAUAAUAUUAUUGUAGGUAGAACAAAAAUAUCCAAAUAGUCAGGAUUUUUUUUCCUGCUUUGGAACCAGGUGACCUGUUACGUACGAAAAACAGGAAGUGGUCUUUAGAAAAGCUGUAGAGUUUGCUGUUUGUGUCCAGACUCCACAGAGGCCAAAUACCUGCUAAAAUGUGUAUAACUAUACAGUUAGAGAUUUGGUGUGUAAAUGUGAGGCUGGAUUUUAAACGCUGACCAGUUCUUGGCGAGUAUGAACAUUAAUAAUGGUGUUAAUUUGAAAUGGCUGAAUUUACAUUUUAAUUUCUGUAUAUAUAUAUAACAGUAAAAUAAACAUUGUUUUGUUUUCAGUUUUAUAAAUAA